AUGGCGUCCCACCGUCACAGUCAAUGUUUUGAGGGCAUCAUCAACUUCUCCAUUCCUGAGCCCUUGGCUGAGGAUCAGGGCUCUCAUUCUCAGCGUAGAUUUUACAACAAUGUUAAUAGCAACAGCACCAAGGAUGGAUUUAGCCGUCCUUUACUUGUCCGCUCUACCUGUGGGUUUUCGCGGUCUGGCUUAUCAAAGGCCGGAUUAGUACCUUUCAAAUGUGUCUUCUUCAAGCCUGUGGAGCUCAGCUUUGCCGAUGGAUAUAUCAAUUCUGAUGAUGAACUGUGUCAGGCUUUGAUUGCCAUUGCAGCCCUCCUACCAGACUAUUUCUAUUUACCAGAUCUAUCCCUUAUCCACCGCCCUGCUACUCUCAUCUGCUAA